GUGGAUUCUUCUCUUCUUCUGACUUCUCUUGCACAAGUAGUUUAAAAAGAGCAUCAUUUUGCCUACAUGCUCUUGCAAUAUUUGCAGCUUUUUCAGAAACUUUUAAAAGAAUAGAUAACAAUCUACUGCCACUUUCCAUUUUUUUUAAUUGUUAUACUUGGAACUUUGAGAAGUUAAUAAAGUAUCGAAUAAUUAUUGAAUGAAAUUCUAACACCUGUAUUUAAAACCGAAUGUGUUUUAUGCUGCUCUACAAAUAAUUAAAAAAUCGUUUUGACGGGAAUCCUAAUAAAAUCUCUUAUGUGAUUAUAGAAUAUUAACUUAACGUAAUCUCACCAAUGAUGAUCAACGUAAACGCGUUUGUAAAAUCAGAAUAUUAAAAUAUCAAAAGAAUCGGUUGCUCGUACAUUAUAAUUAGCGAUUGACGUAAGCGGAUAGUACCUCAAUUCACGGCUGAUUAAAUUUAAUGCCAUAAAAUUAUGGAGAAUAAAAUUUUAAAUAAAAAUAACCACAUUACACAUUUUUUACUUUAUUUUGACGGAAUUUCACUAAUUAAAUCAUGGUUAGAAUAGUAUUUUCAAAAUAUUUAUUUAAAUAUUGUUAAAUUAUUAAAAAAUAUAUACAUAAUAAUAUUAUAAUUUUGUAAUUCUAUUUAUGAAUGGAAAUUUUUUAAGUAGUAAAUCAUUUCAAUGUACAUUACUUUCCUUCGUAAACAUUCCAUAGAAUCUCAGAAAUCUAUUACUUAACUCCUUCACUCAUUCAGUGAUACUUGUGCAAACAUAACCCAUCUCGUAUUAAAAACAGUAUCAUAAAUGUGUAACAAAAAAUAAAAAAACAUUAUCUGUUUAUUGUGUACAUAAAUUUUUAUUUUGUAAUAGUAUUGAACUUAUUACAAGUUAAUUACAUUAGUAAGAAAUAUCAAACCGGUAUCAUUAGAUAAAUAGAGCCGGUAAUAUUAUUAUAUAUUAUAUCAUUUAAAACAAGAAGAAAUAUGAUUUAAAAAAUGUAUUGAAUUGUACAUAACAGCUAAAAAUUAUUGAAUAAAACAAUAUUAAUAUAUAAAUAUUUUGAAUAUAUUAAUAUAUUCAAAAUGACAGCAAUAUUAGGGGCUGGUAUUUCAGGCUUAUCAGCUGCAUAUUAUGCUCUUCGAAAUACAAAAAUGGUUCCUAUAGUUAUAUAUGAAGCUACAAAUCGUGUAGGUGGUUGGUUACAUUCUAUCAAAUUAGCUGAUGGUACAAUAUUUGAACAAGGUCCACGAACAAUGCGAAAUACUAAUGAUAAAAAUAGUAACACUACACUAGAAUUAAUAGAACAAUUACACUUAUCAGAUAAAAUUAUUCCUAUUUCCUUUAGGCAUCCUGCAUCUAGAAAUCGGUUAAUAUAUGCAGACGGUCAGAUACAUUUAAUGCCUACUGGUAUCAAAGGAUUAAUUGAAAAAAAUAGCUUGUUAAAUCGUUCUAUGUUCAGUGUUCUAUGGAACGAACUAACGGUUACAAAAGAUCUUAAAGAUGAUGAAAGUGUAUAUAAUUUUAUAGCACGAAGAUUUGGUGAAGAUGUAGCAGAUAAAAUGAUUAGUCCAAUAAUCGCCGGAAUCUUUGCGGGUGAUGCACACAAAAUAAGUGCAAAAUCAUUUAUGACUAGAAUAUUUGAAGCUGAACAAAAACAUGGUUCUAUAAUCAAAGGACUUAUACAUGAACGAUUUUCAAAAAUAAAGGAUAAUACUUCAAUAAAUGAAAAAUCAAAUAAUACACAGACAAGUUUAGUACAAAGAGCUCAAAAAGAAAAAUGGUCAAUGUGGGGUAUUGAGGGCGGUAUCGAGCAUUUGCCAGAAACAUUAGCUCAUAAUAUAAUUGAUCGUGGAGUUAAUAUUAAAAUGCAACAUAAAUGUGAACAACUUAAAUUUAAUAAAGAUGAUGUAGAAUUAACUAUAAAUGGAGAAAUUAAAACAUGUUCUCGUGUUAUUUCAAGUUUGCCUGCAAAAACUUUAGCUGAUCUUGUGCAGGACCAACACCCAGAAUUAUCUAAUGAAUUGAAAGGCAUACCUACUGUAACAGUAGGUGUUGUAAAUCUUCAGUUUUCUGAGAACAUCUUACCUAUAAAUGCAUUUGGAAUCCUUAUUCGACCAAAAGAAGAAAGACCAAUCCUAGGAGUGAUAUUUGACUCGCAUAUCAUUCCUCAAAGGUCUAAAGCAACAGUACUGACAGUAAUGAUGGGAGGCGCAUGGUUUGAAAAAUACUUUGGACAAUGCUCAUCAGAAGAACACUUGCUGUCUGUAGCAGUCAAUCAAGUACAGGAAAUCUUACACAUUAAGGAAGAUCCCAAGGCAUUCAAUGUUUCCAUUUUGAAGGACUGUAUUCCGCAGCAUUUAGUAGGUCACAUGCAACGCUUAACCCACAUCCACAAUUAUAUAUCCACGCAUAAAAUUCCUUUAGGGUUGUGUGGUUCUUCAUACCAAGGAGUAGGAAUCAAUGAUGUUAUUCUGUCAGCAAAACAAGCUGUUUCUGAUAUCAAUUUACAUAUACUAUAAUUUAAUAAAAUUCAAAUGCAGCUUGGCCAGGCAGACGUUGCAAUGCUUUCCUCUAUGAUUAAAAAAGAAAAAAGAAAAUAAUACACACAUACACACACCCACACGUACACACACGCGCAGCAGACAUGUAUAUGUAUAUUAUCAAACCAAAAUAACUUAUAGACUAUGACUUAAAUAUAAUACAUGCAUUAUUUUUAUUAAUUAUAUACAAGCUUGUAAUACAGAUCACAGAAUAAUAAUGGGAAAAAAAAUAUAAGUCUUUA